AUGUUAAAAACAACAGGGAUCGGUCCUGGUCGGGAGUCGGCUCGCACGACAGGGCGGGGAGACGGUUACCGGCAGGCGGGCUCGGAAGACAAGGCAGCAGGCAAAGCUACGGGGUCGGCCCAGCUACGGCGAUUCUCGGGGCUGAUUAUAGGAACGAACAACGCUUUGGCCUUCCCCGAGGUUUACAGGGCUCAGAGCGGCACAUGCAAGGAUACAGUUACCAAAGACAACGGCAUCCGUCCUUCCUCCAUGGAGCAGAUGGGCAAGCUGAAGCCAGCUUUUGUCAAGCCUUAUGGAACCGUCACGGCAGCCAACUCCUCCUUCCUGACAGACGGCGCUUCAGCGAUCCUGCUGAUGUCUGAGGAGAAGGCUCUAGCAAUGGGCUACAAACCAAAGGCCUACCUAAGCCAGUCUUGGGAUAUCUCCAAGCUGGUGGUGCUGUCCAUAGGCUUUCCUCAAAGCUCACCACUCUCCUGGUUAAUGCUGCCCUCUCUUCCCAUUCAGGGGCAGAUCUUGGCUAACCUGAAAGCGAUGGAUUCGGACUGGUUUGCCCAAAACUACAUGGGCAGAAAGUCCAAGGUUGGAGCCCCUCCUCUGGAGAAGUUCAAUAACUGGGGGGGUUCCCUCUCACUGGGACAUCCCUUUGGUGCCACAGGCUGCCGCCUGGUGAUCACUGCGGCUCACCGGCUGAAGAAGGAGGGGGGCCAGUAUGGGCUGGUUGCUGCCUGUGCUGCAGGAGGGCAGGGCCAUGCCAUGAUAGUGGAGCUCUACCCUCAGUAAGAGGACUGCUGAGGGGCUGCUCAUCCAGCACGCGCCUGGCGAUGCCAUUUCAAUGCACUAACGAGAACGUAACAAUCCUUCUUGGCAAGGAGUUUUGGUGGCCUUUGUAAAUGCCUUUUGUCUACUCAGUUGGUAAUUUUCAACUAGCAAACAUGCUGCAAGAAAUAAUCCACUUCCAGAGUGAGCAAAAACUUCCUGUGGCUCUUAGUCUCUCCAGGGUCCUUGCCUCCAGAGAUCUGAUUUCUGCUGUCGCUCUUGAAUGAGAAAGAUUUCUGUCCCUGAAGAAUUAAAAUGAGAGUGAGCUUCAGAGAUGAGGAGACUGUAAAGUGCUGGAGGUUGGUGAGGAUGAGCUAAGGUGGCCUUAUGGGGAGCAAGCUCUUGUCUCAGAAGGAUUCAAACAGAGUUGUCUGACGUGGUUUUGUAGAGAGGGAGUCGCCUGCGCCGUGCACAAACAGCACUGGACUUGGCAAAUGGGUU